AGAGGAGAAAAACCAUAAAAUAUAAAUUAAAAAAAAAGACGUGAACAUUUAUUUUCAAGUAGUGGCUUAGUUCAAAAUAAAAUUUAAAAAUCAAAUACAACUCCAAAACACUGGCUAAACGGACACAUUUAAGCCACAUCUAACCACAUCAAUUUUUAAGCGGUGGCGAAACAAACAGUGAAAAGGCGUCGUCGCCGUCGUAUGGUGGUUGUGCGCGAGAAAAAUAUGCAAAAUUCACAAGAUCGACACAAUACAAAUCUGCUACAAUCAUCAAUUUACAAACAAAAAUCACACAAACGCCAUCUAAAACGUUUGCACGCAUCAAAACAACAAUGCGAUGAGCCAAGAAUCAAUGGAGAUAUCGAAUCAACAAACACAUCAAAGAUGCAACUACAGCAACAAUUAUCACAACAACAACAAGAAUUAUUACAACAAUUGCAGUUGUUACAUCAUCAAUAUUUGAUGCAUCAUGGUAUCAAUUUGCAACAGCAAUUUCUCGGUCACAAACAAAAAUCUCAACAGUUAAACGGCGAUCUCUUUCAAGUGGAUAAUGCAUUGAGCCUUAUCAAAAUUGGUGCACUAGAUGGCUUAGGCAAUAAUUGCAUCGAAAAUACGUCAUUGCAUGAUUUGAUUUAUCUAAAUGAUAAUCAAAUAAAUGCAAAAGUUGAUUUCAAUGGCACUAAUAUGAGCAAAGUUGAACCAAUUGAUGAAGAUCAAGAUUAUCAUGACGUUGAAACAAGGUCCGAAGCAGCGAUUAACUACAAGGACGAUGAUGGAUCCAUUGAGAAUGGCAAUAUCGACGAUACCGAUAAAGAAGCAAUUGAUAGUAAACCAAUAAUUUUAGGUAGCCUCAAUAGCAUUUCCACAAAUGUUGAUAGUGGUGAUGCGGCAAAUGCAAAUGUUAAUGUGGGCAAAAAGCGUAGAGAUAGCAACGACGAUAUUUGCGCAACCGGUGAAAAUGAUACGAAUUUAAAUGAAACUGAUGCAAACGAUAGAGAUGAUAGUGAUAGUAAAUUAGCGCCCGCUACGACUUCAGCACAAAACGUGGCAGAAAAUGAGAACAACAAUGACACUAACAACAAUAGCAGUAACCACAAUAAUAAUGUUAGCGGGAGUAACAAUAGCCAUAACAAUAGUGAAGUUAUAAAAACUGAAGAUUGUACUACGAUAGCCGAUUCGAUAUUGGGUCUGGGUAAUAGCAACGGUUUUUCGAUGAAUUACAACGAUAUGGAUGAUGGUAAUGUGGACAAGUCGCCGGUAUUAUCGGCGUCAUCGAUGUCACCGGUUUCGGUGACCGAGCAUCCAUUGUAUGGCAAUGGUAUUUGCAAGUGGCCUGGUUGUGAAGCCAUUUUUGAUGAGCAACAAUCGUUCGUCAAACAUUUAAAUGGCGAACACAAUUUGGACGAUCGUUCGAUUGCACAGGCACGCGUUCAAAUGCAAGUUGUAUCACAAUUAGAAUUACAAUUGCAAAAGGAGAGAGACAGACUUCAAGCGAUGAUGCAUCAUUUGUACCUAUCAAAACAGCAUUUAGAUUCGACGCGACAACCGCAGGACAAUGGUGUUGGUGAUUUGGCAAGUUUGUCGAAUACAUUACAGCCGCCGUCACAGCAACAUGAUUCACCAAAUAAUGCCAACAAUGAAAAUUGCAUUUUCGAUCAGUUGGAUGCAUCACAAAUGUCUCGUCAUCAUCAUCAUCAUCACCAUCAUCAUCAUCAAAACAGUACAAGCAAUAGAGAGUUUAGCAGUAGAAAAAUGAGCAUGUCACCAUAUUUGAGUCCAACGUCAAAAUUAACAUCGUCGUUGAGCCAUUCGCCUGGUAUUCUCGGCACAAACAUCCCAUUACGCCGUCAAAUGAGCAAUAAAUCGUCACUUUCAUUAGCAGGUGGUGCGUUUGGAUUACCAUAUAUGCUUGAACGAGCCGGCCUUGACGUUCAACAAGAAAUACAACGAAACCGAGAAUUCUACAAAAAUGCAGAUGUCAGACCUCCAUUCACCUAUGCAUCGCUGAUUCGUCAGUCAAUCAUCGAGUCACCGGACAAACAAUUGACGCUAAAUGAAAUUUACAAUUGGUUUCAAAACACGUUUUGCUACUUUCGACGAAAUGCAGCCACAUGGAAGAAUGCGAUCCGGACGAACCUGUCGCUGCAUAAAUGCUUCGUACGAUAUGAAGACGAUUUUGGCUCAUUUUGGAUGGUGGACGAUAAUGAAUUUGUGAAGCGGCGCCAUUUGUCCAGGGGUCGACCACGCAAAUAUGAUCCAUCAACAGCGGAAGAUCAUUCAUCAGCCCAGUCACAAUCACAACAAUCGCCAAAUCAAUCGUCAUCAAAUCCAAAUCAACAACAGCAGCAACAACAACAACAGCAACAACAUCAUCAACAGCAGCAGCAGCAACAGCAACAACAGCACCACACAAAAGUGCCGUCUGGUUCGCAUGGUGCAUCAUCAUCGUCGGCAUCGUCAAAAUAUAACGAUCAUUCGAAUGCAAUGCAACAAAAUGCAACACAUCUCAUGCAAAAUGUAACAACGAAUUUAGGACAACCGAGCAAUGGCAUCAAUCAUCAUUAUUUUUCAAGUCCGGUGCCUCCUACACAGUUGCCAAAUCCAUCGUCAGCAUUGUAUCCAAAGGAUGCAUUCCAAACGAAUUUACAGAAUUUUUGGCCAUGCCCACCGAGAUUAUUGGAUGAGACUUUUCUCGCAAAUCAUCAUCAACAUUUGAGAUCGGACAAAAUGAGAUGCCAUUCGGCCAGCCCAAGACGAUCACCAAUACCACAUCUGAAUCGCUUUGAUUUUAUCUCAACUUUAAAUGGUGCGAUUGCUUCGUCUGGCGUUAAAAUGGAAUCACUACCAAUGGGAUCGAUGGAUAUGAAUGAGCAUCCAUUCAGUCCACAAUUGACACCACAGCAGUACGAGCAACAAAUGCAUAAACAUCAGCAAAUUAUAUCAAAUUUAUUUAAACGAGACGCCAAUUAAAUCAAACCAUCACAUCAAACCAAAGUGGCGUCAAUGCAUCAACACGUACUUAAAACGAUGACUCACACACCGUGUGAAACCCCAGAAAUCGAAAUAAUUUGAUUGUUGGUGUUUGUGUGUUGCGAUAAAAAGGAGAGCAGCGUUCAAAAUGCACACGGAGAAUGAGAGAGAGGUUGCCUGUGUGUAUAUAAAAUGUGAAUUUAUCACAAACUAUAUUUAUGAAGCUAAAAAAAAAAAAAAAAUUUAAAAAAAAA